GCAAAAUGGAAGUCUAUGACCGCAGAAGAAAUUGCAGUGUCUGUUGCCCUGGCACAUGCUGCAAAUAUAGAUGGUAGGCUGCAACGCACUGUGUUCACAACUACUGUCAAAACACGCAACGAGUUGCAGAACGAGCUAAGAGCGUUUUCGUAUGGCAAGAGGAAGGACCAUCCCGUUCCAGAAAAUUCUACCAGCAAAAGAGCUCGCCUACACCCAAAUGUUAAGUGCCACUUCUGUGGAAAAAUUGGCCACAAGAUAGCUGACUGCCGCUCCAUGAAAAACAACUUAAAUAAUCAACAAGGAUCUAGUUCGAGUAUUGGGCGCUUAUCUGACUCUAAACCUGGGUCAAUUACUUGCUAUAGAUGUGGAAACCAGGGGCAUAUAGCGUCAGCUUGCCCUGCAAGACAAUCGUUGUCAAACCAAACUAAAGCCGGCGAGAAGCGUGUCAACGUGUGUCACGUAGUUGAGCCAAUUGGGACAUUGAUAUCAUCUGAUUAAGCUUGUUUAAUUUCAAAACUUAUAUUACACACGAGGACGUGUGCUGGUCAGGAAGGCCGUGUCGC